AAAGCAGUUUCGGGAGCUUUCAUGAAAUACAAUUUGCAUGCAUCUAUCUAUCUUUAGCUACCAAACCAAAAUGAAUCAUGAUCUUGUACUUUUUGCUCUCACGGCCGUCUUCUUUCUUGCCGCGUCCAUCUUUUGGUAUUCAUGGGUGUUUAAAAACUCAACGCCGCCGCCGCUGCCACUUCCACCAGGGCCACGUGGGCUCCCGAUCGUGGGGUACCUCCCAUUUAUGAAGGCCGACUUGCACCUCCAGUUCACAGAACUGGCGCACAAGUACGGCCCCAUUUACAGGCUCUGGCUCGGCAGCAAGCUCUACAUCGUGGUCACUUGCCCCUCGCUGAUAAAGCAGGUGGUCCGCGACCACGACACGGUGUUCGCGAACCGGGACCCGCCCGUUGCGGCCCUGGUCGCAACGGGCGGGCUCGACAUUCUGUGGGCCCCCAGCGGGCCCUACUGGCACGACAUGCGGAAGCUGUUCGUGAGGGAGCUGCUGAGCGCCGGCAACCUCCUCGCUUCCUCCUGGCUCCGCAGGGAGGAGGUGGCGAAGGCUGUCGGGAGUCUGAGCACUAUGAUCGGCCAGCCUGUUGAGAUCGGCGAAUUGAUAUUCCGGACGGAGUCUCGUGUGAUACUGAGGUUGAUUUCGGGUGGUGGGAAGUACAUGGGAGCUGAGAUUCAAGAAGCGGUGGCGAAAGUCGUGGAUUUGUUCGGAAAACCUAAUAUCUCCGAUUUUUUUCCAGGUUUGGCAAAGUUUGAUGUUCAGGGGAUCGCUAGAGAGAUGAGGGAUGUUGUGUCGGCGUUGGAACAGAUUCUUGAUUCUAUUAUAGAUGAAAGAAUCAAGACCAUGGCUGCAGAUGGAGAAGGUGAAGAAGAAGAUCAAAGAAGAAAGGACUUUGUGGGAAUUCUUUUAGAGCUCAAGGACCAGAAAAUUGGGGGAAACUCAUUAUUUGGUCCAACUCAAAUAAGGUCCAUCUUACUGGAUGUUAUUCUUGGGGGUACCGACACCACAACAACAAUUGCUGAAUGGGUGAUGACCGAGCUUUUGCGCAAUCCCGACGUAAUGAAAAAGGUGCAGCGAGAACUAACAGACGUCGUAGGAGCGAACAACGUUGUCGAAGAAUCCCACUUGCCCAAACUCCACUAUCUCGAAGCUGCCGUAAAGGAAACGUUCCGCCUGCAUCCUCCGCUUCCUCACCUCGUACCAAGGUGUCCGGCCGAGUCUUGCACUAUCGGAGGAUACACAAUCCCAAAAGGCUCUAGAAUCUUCUUGAACAUGUGGUCCGUCUACACGGACCCCAAUGUGUGGGACACUCCUUUCGAAUUUCGGCCCGAUAGGUUUCUGAAUAAUGAUAGUGGAAAAAAGUUUAGUUAUAUCGGGCACAACUUUGAGUACCUCCCGUUUGGAUCGGGGAGACGGGCGUGCCCCGGUCUUCCCCUCGGCGAGAAAAUGGUCAUGUUUUUACUUGCUACGCUCGUUCAUUCGUUCCAGUGGCAAUUACCUGCCGGCCGAGAGAUUGACAUGUCGGCGGAGUAUGGUAUUGUCAUGAGGAAAAGAAGGCCGCUUGUUGCUAUUCCUUACAAGCGAGAUUGCCAAAUGUGAAAUGUUACGUAACUCUUUUGAUCGAGUCUUAAUAAUCAUCGUCGUAUUGUAUUAAUAUAUAUUACGUACCCACACUUUUCAACUACUUAUGGCGAACUCUCGUCAGUCUUGUGUCUUAUUACAUCUAUGUAUGUAUGUACGAUACUUUCUAUUUAUAAUACUUUAGGCGUGUGUACUUUCAUUAUGUAUCAUGCACUUUAAUUUAAUAAAUUGAAAGGAAACACUUUUAAUAACUGGCGAUGGUUUUGGUGUCUACGAAAUUAUUCAAGAAAGAGCUUACUACCAUAUCUUAGAU